AUGGCCUCCUCCACCGUUCCGUCCACUUCUGCCACCACCUUGGACGAUGUUCGCCCUUCCGCCCAGCCGCACCCCUUAGAUGGCGUGCCGCGCGAGUACAUCAUCGACUCUUUGCGUAAACUCGCACCGAAAUUCUACAACGACGCUGAGUCGUCAGACUGCACUAUUAUUUUCCCCUUGGAUCCGCGCAGAGCGCACACUGUCAUGCAAGACCCGAAUCUCCGACUGCAUCUACCGAAAACGGAUACCAUCGCGGCUGGACAUGAUCCCUCUGGGCAUGGGAGGAGAGCAACGGAGCCCUCCUUGAAUCUCGCGCCGGCGCGUCUAAUGAUGCGGCUACACACCGACUAUCUCGCCGCUCAUAGUACUAUGUUCCGCCUACUCUUCAGCGGCGCACAUCCAAUCGACCUCAUGCAGGUCAUGCCGCAGACUAUCCUUGACCGAUGCGCUUCCGUAGAAGGCUACAAGCAGAUGGUCAUCCCCCGUGUCCUGCCCUCGCCCGACGGCCGGAUCGUAUGCCACGUUCCGCUCCCCGAUCCUACGUCUUUCCACUACAUCGUCAUGUGGAUGUACUUUGGCAACGUGGACGUCCUUGUUAAGGCGGCACAACGCGGUCUUAUAUCUUUACCGGGGCUGUAUGCGAAUGUGGAGUGGCUCGGUAUUGGGGAGUUAUCCCACUUCUUGCGCGAAUGGCACAAGGCCGCGGUUAAAGACCUCGAGUUACACCGAACUUCGCAUGAAGAGACCGCCGACGCCGACGAUGAGGAUUCGGACGCAGGGUGCGGUCGAGCGCACGCUCCUGCCUUCUCGCGGGUCACCACAUGA